GGGCGGGCGAGGGCGCGGAGCGGCGGCGGCAGCGGGGCGGCGGCGGCGGCAUGGCGGAGAGCGAGGCCGAGACCCCCAGCACCCCGGGCGAGUUCGAGAGCAAGUACUUCGAGUUCCACGGCGUGCGGCUGCCGCCCUUCUGCCGCGGGAAGAUGGAGGAGAUCGCCAACUUCCCGGUGCGGCCGAGCGACGUGUGGAUCGUCACCUACCCCAAGUCCGGCACAAGCUUGCUGCAGGAGGUGGUCUACCUGGUGAGCCAGGGCGCGGACCCCGAUGAGAUUGGCCUGAUGAACAUCGAUGAGCAGCUCCCGGUCCUGGAGUACCCGCAGCCCGGCCUGGACAUCAUCAAGGAACUGACGUCACCCCGUCUCAUCAAAAGCCACCUCCCCUACCGCUUCCUGCCCUCCGACCUCCACAACGGCGACUCCAAGGUCAUCUACAUGGCGCGGAACCCCAAGGACCUGGUGGUGUCCUACUACCAGUUCCACCGCUCCCUGCGCACCAUGAGCUACCGCGGCACCUUCCAGGAGUUCUGCCGGCGGUUCAUGAACGACAAGCUGGGCUACGGCUCCUGGUUCGAGCACGUGCAGGAGUUCUGGGAGCACCGCACGGACUCCAACGUGCUCUUCCUCAAGUAUGAAGACAUGCACCGGGACCUGGUGACGAUGGUGGAGCAGCUGGCCAGGUUCCUGGGGGUGUCCUGUGACAAGGCCCAGCUGGAGUCGCUGAUCGAGCACUGCCACCAGCUGGUGGACCAGUGCUGCAACGCCGAGGCCCUGCCAGUGGGCCGGGAUGCAGAGGGCUGGCCGUGGCUGCCGGGGCCCCGGGCUGCUCUGAAGGGCGCGUGGGGCUGUGGAAGGACAUCUUCACCGUGUCCAUGAACGAGAAGUUCGACCUGGUGUACAAGCAGAAGAUGGGGAAGUGCGACCUCACGUUUGACUUUUAUUUAUAAGCGCAGCCCCGGCAACAGCCCUGCAUGCUCGCGGUCCCCAGACGCCACUAGCUACGGUCCCGUACACGCAUUCGCUACUCGCUGGACAAGCCCCGGCCGCGGUGUGGCCACGCGGGGAGGGGGGCGCGCAGGGGGUGGGAGGGAGGGGCCUGCCGCCCGGAGCAGCUGUCCCGCCUUCGGAUCUGAAGUCUGUCUGUGUCUGAUACAAACAUUGUCAGGGUCGCCAUUCCGCUCCAACGGUGGCACCGUGAACACAGAGCCUGUAACAUAUGCAGCCAGACGCCUGCCUCUUACAGCCCGCAUUCCUGCCUGCGUUUUAUAGAGCGUCCCACUGGAGACCUGAACACGUGUCAGUACACACCAAACCAAAGUUCACUCCCGAGGGCGCUCGGGGGGAGCCACACCGAACGGUAGACAGAUCUCAGGUUGCAGUUUAUUUUUGUAGUUUUCUCCUGUGAGGCAGCCAUUCAUUCUCACCUGGUCUGGGAGGAAGGUGAGGGCUCGAUGAGGCCGGGGCCAGGGAAACUGUCCCCAUGGCGCGCAGUUCUCUGUCACCUGGAAAUGAGGCAGGAACUGCCCACCGGGUGUUCUCGGAGGGGAUGCCCGAGGCCAGAGACUCGCGGGGCGGAGCCAGCGGGACACUGGGGGGAAGCCGGCCCCAGGCCAGCGAUGGGACAGUCCACCCGGAGACACUGGGAGUCCGAGUCCUUGUCACCGUCUUUCUCUUGUUCCCGAAGCAGAAGCCUCUGCUGGG